AUGGCCAUUGUGAGGAUCCAUCCUAAGAGGGAAGCUCUCAUGCACCUGAAGAUGGACAAGGAACUCGGAGUUGGGAACAAUGCUGGAGGAGGUACGGUGCUGGAGUUGACUACGGCGUCGGACUUGUACGAUGCUGGAGUGGACUAUGGUGUGGGAGGAGGUACGAUGCUGGAGUGGACUUAUGGUGUGGGAGGAGGUACAAUGCUGGAGUCGACUAUGGUGUGGGAGGAGGUUAGUAACAAGAUGGGAGCAAGGCUCAACCGGAGCUGGGAGCUAGAGGCUCAACCACACAGGCCUACCACUGAGAGCAGGGCUCAACCAGGAGAUAGAGACGAGAGACAAGGAACAGAGAAACAGUUCAGAGGUGCAUUUGUAAUAUCAAGGAUGAGGUAUAUGCAUAAUCAUGUUGGGCCAGCUGAGUAUCUUGUAACUGCUCAUUGCUCACUUAUGGGUGUUGAUCCCAGAUCCACCCAUUCUUGCCUCCUCCUUCCCUCCACUUCAGUCAUCCACUGCCAACUGACUAUUAGUCAUGCAAACUACACUACCGCUCCCUACCAAUGGCUCUCCUUAAGCACCAGGAGAAUAAGGCGUCUAGAGUUUAUAUCUUCGUCGAUCCACGCAAUCUCCAUAGGAACUGUCCUCGGAGAUCGGAAUACGGGAACGUCGGACCGUCACGGUAUCCUACGGCUUUCCCACUCCUUGAGUGAUCACUAUGUCAAACAGUGGUUCACAAAGGUGGACACUGUGGGAUCGCCGAUAUACCUAGCCGAUAAACCUCGACCUAUCCUUGCCUCACGGAACUUUCAGAGCUUCAAGGCUUUCCGCACCAACUGCAUCCUCUUUGGCAAGAGUCACGAAAGCCAGCUCUUCGACCCUACCCCUACAAACCGCCUCAAAUUGAACAAAUCUACCCGAUUCUCUAGAGAAGCACCCCCUCAUGUUCCACCCUCUUCCAACAACAGCGGCAGCCCCAAAUCGAAAGCGUCUUCUUCUUCUCGUUCAUCCUCCUCAGUUAUGGAGAGUUCGAGUACCUCAAAGCCCAGUGCCAGUACCUUCCCCACAGCGGCCACAGUCAAGGAAGCGAAGGCUCUGGAUCAGCGUAUGGGUAUGGAAAGAGGAUAUUCGCUUUCUCCAAUGUAUAAUCUCAUAAUCGAGUAUAACAAGGAGAAUGGCGGCAACCUUUCCACCGCAGCUGAAGUAUCUUGGAUACUGCAAAACCCCAACCUCCAUCCAAAUCACUUCGAACGAAAGACGGGGGACGGGGUCGACCCCUAUACGUGUGUAACCCUGCAGCCAGCAAAGCUGAACCGUAUUCUCAGAGCGGUGACUGAACUUCAAAUUUUCCUUGACCAGAUGGUCCAAUUAAUCGAAGAGAGAGAGAAAGCAUUCUGUAUCGACCCCGAAGACACGAUGGUAACCACUUUGCGAGGAGGCGAAAGUCGAUCACAACUAGUAGUGGCCUACUCCAUCCUCUCCAAACGACUGCGCAUCGCUCAGCAAACUGUAAUGAAAUACGAAGCGGAAUAUCGUCAUGCGGAAGUACCCUUGUCCCCGAUCUCCACGGUGCCAGAACUUUACGAAGAUUUUGCUAGGCUGGAUUUGGUGAACGACCGCAUGAAGUACAUGCUGCAAAACAUUCCCCACCAUCAGAAUCAACUCACCGCGGAAUCUCUGGACGCACUCAAUCAAGGACAGUCUUGGGAUGUAGUUCAUCCAACUAUGCCGAUCCAAUCCCUCGAUGCGCCUCCUCCGCCUACAGAACUCGAAGGCCAACCGAGGAUUCAACCUUCGCAACCCGAACCGCACGAGGAGGACAAGGACGAAUGGCCCACCACUUCUCAAUGGGACGAUUUGGAAAUGCUCCCCGGUCAAGGAAGAAACGAAGCGGAAGGCGUGGAAUCGUCGUUCGGUUUCCAGACUCCUUUCAGGACGGGGAAGACUUUCUUCGAUGUAUCAAACGUCUCACAACCGACGUCUUACUUUUCGACCCCUGGUUUCAACACGACGCCCGACGUUACGCGAGGAUUGCCUACUCCCUCCCGCACUCAGCUAGGUGAUAACGUUCGACAGGAAGCUAACGUUAGCACAGCGUCGAAAACCGUCACCGUAGCAACGAAAACGACACAAGUUAACUCUAACCCCUUUAAUCAUAGCUCAGGACCUAGCUCCAGCUCGAACGCCCCAAACAACGGACCUCCCAACGAAAGGCCGUCUCCUGGAGGAGUACCCCCUAGUGGAGGGUCCCCUGGAGGUGGUCCCGGCAACGGUGGAGGCGGUGGACCUCCAGGAGGGGGCGGGGGAGGCUCACCUCCGAACAAUAGAGGAAGUGGACCGCCUUACGGAGGAGGGCCUAACUCCCAUGGCCACAAUGGAGGCAAUCCAGGAGGCAAUCCUGGGGGCAACCCAGGAGGCAACGAUCCACCAAACCCCCCAGGGGGCAACGCCCCAGGUCCGCCAACGCCUUACAGGAUGUUCCCGGCUAACAUCAAAGCCGAGCUAAAGAUCGAACAACUGCCAGAGUGGGACGGGAACCACUGGACAGCCAUCAAUUAUUUUUGGCAAGUGCAGCAGCUCGCCUUUUUGGGAGGAUGGCUACCGGAAGCGUUAGGAUAUUGGCUCUGGUUCCGUCUCAAGGAGGGAUCAGGCGUACGCAACUGGUUUGUAACAUUACCUAUGAUGCACCAAUCUUUCAUGUGCUCCCACUACUUGAAAUUUCUGAAGGGUAUCAAGGACGGCUAUUUGGGAACCAAAUGGCAGCUUAAGAUGAACAAUUAUUACAACAACCAGACGUUCCGCGAAAGGAACCACAAAAGGGAAUCCCCUGCUGAGUUUAUUACUCGCCGCAUUGUUUACACAAGAAUGUUAGAUACGAGCGAACUCUAUUCUAGAGUUACUGAGCACGAAGAGGCCCUCCUGGAAUCCUAUCGAGUUUCGAAAGGCAGGGCCCCCCAGUCCAUCGAUAAUAUCGCGAUGCAACUAAAGCAACUCGGCUUUGUACAACAGAAGCCUCCCUACCAGGAAAAAUCCCCGUACCAUGAGAAGCCUGCAUAUCAGGAGAAGCCCCCUUAUCAACGUCGAGCUAAUCUAGCUGAGAAUCCAGACACGACCUCCUCAUCUAUGCCUGAAGUCGCAGAUACCAUUACAACAAAUUUUGAUGCUGACAAACACAUUCUCCGUGAAGCCUAUCAAGUACUACAGCAGCGCCAACGACCCCCGCCAAAAGGAGGUUACCCCUUUUCGAAAAACGAUCAUGUCACUACGAAAAUGGGGAAAUUACCCCCGUCCCCCUGUAAAUGCUGCGGCAGUAAGAAUCAUUGGGACAAAGAAUGUCCGGAUUGGAAUAUUUACCUCGAAAGAGCCAAUCGGUCAGUCAACGUGGGAGAAAGCACCCCCAUGGAAAACGAAGCGGAGACGACCUAUCGUACAGCCUACUCGAUCUUGCUGAAUCAGAGAUUAGGGGGGGAAGUGGUGAACCAGUCGCACCUUGAAGAAUCUCUUCAGCAGCAGGAUUUUAAGGCGGCAUCGCUUCUCUCCGAAGUGACUAAACCAAAGUCGUCAACUCACGUCCUGGAAGAGAUUAAUGACGCUGAAGCGUCGGCCCAUACUGCUACGACGCAGGAGAGGGUCCCGCCAAACUUCAGGUCUCCUCCCACUACAGACUCUGGAACAGAGGAUCCAACCAAGUCCCUCCCUGACCCACCAGUGGUGGAAGCUCGAGUUAAGUUGAAGAAACGUCGUUACACCCCAGCGGGUGCCUCAGCCGUAGGAGUUUCGGUAGUGGCAACUCAGGGAUGGGUAGGGUCGACAAGGAAUCCGAUCGUUGAUUUGAGAAUGGACUCGUGCGCGGAUGUGACACUGAUCUCCCAGGAAUAUUACGAAUCUCUUAAGGAUCGACCCCCCAUUCAAAAGGGAUUUAAAAUGAAUCUCUGGCAGCUUACCGACAAAGACUCGAAGAUUCAGGGAUACGUCCGAUUACCUGUAUUCAUGAGGUCAAUCGAGGGUACGAUAGUCGAAACGGAAGCGGAAGCUUACAUCGUCCCAAACAUGACUGUACCCAUCCUCUUAGGCGAGGACUACCACUUGAAUUAUGAGCUACUUGUUGCACAUAAGGUCGAUUUUUGUUCGAUGAUUGGUUUCGCCGGCGCCCUGUACUCAGUGCAAGCUAGAGGGGUCGCCAGGACAAGAGAUUUCGACAGACUUCGUCAAAGCGCCUACGCAGACAGGAGCUUCAUUAAAGCUAAACUUCAUAAGCGCAACAAAGCGAAGAAAGCGCGGAAAAGGAAAAGUGCUGGGAUAGAACAACGAACAAUUCGAGCAGCUGAGGAUUACCGCCUCAAGCCAGACGAGUGCCGUCGAAUCAGAGUAGAUGGGCACUUUGAGGAAGACCGAGAGUGGUUAGUCGAAAAGAAUCUUUUAGCAGAUUCUAACGACUCAGCUUUCGUAGUCCCGAAUGUGUUAAUAUCCUCUACUGACCCGUGGAUCCCCAUAUCCAACCCCUCUUCGCAUCCUAGGACCAUUCGCAGAGGAGAUAUAGUAGGCUACUUGGUCGAUCCACAAGAGCAUUUCGAUGUGCCGGUAACAGAACACUUCAGUCACCCACUAACAACUGACUAUUAG